UAGUUCGGUCGCGAGUGGCCGGCGACCGUCGUUUCUUUGCUCACUGCUCUCGCACAUUAUGACUGUGGAUCCUUUACUUUGUAUUCUCAAGCUUGCGAUUGGAGCCCUUGCAUACCGUUAUUGUGGAAUUCGACACGUAUCCUAGCGUUCAUCUUACUAUAAACCUCGACUGAACCCCAUCUGCACUUUACGACCCUCCUCGAUCAUUGAUUGCUCUUGGCGAGCAAGCCCUUAUACUUCAUCCCGACACACUUCCAGUCUAGCCGGAUUUGAUCUUGGCAAGCUAGGCUUGAGUAUGCGUGUAGAAGGGAUCGUAUUCUUGUCUCUGGUUCUCGACUUAUUUGCGUUCACUAUCCCACUACCUCUCUUCCCUCGGCUAAUCGAGUGGUACACACAGAGAGAAUCAUCCAUUCCAAAUGGCUUGCUCUCGCGCACCCUCGGUUUUGUCUCUGCCAUACGAAGUUAUUUCUUGCAAAGUGCCGCCCGUAAUCCUCAGAAAUGGGAUGUUGUCCUUUUGGGAGGACUAAUGGGAUCUGUAUUCUCAGCACUGCAAUGGUUCAUCUCUCCAUACAUCGGUGUACUAAGCGAUAAAUAUGGUCGAAGACGAGUGUUGCUUAUUACGAUGAUUGGCAAUAUUCUCUCAGCUGUGGUGUGGGUCCAAUCAACGUCAUUCGCGUCAUACAUGCUUUCGCGAGUCAUCGGCGGCAUAAGUGAAGGGAAUGUUCAAUUGGCUAUCGCGAUCCUAUCAGACAUCACCACGCCAGCCAACCGUUCCAAGGCACUGGCACAUGUUGGCAUUGCAUUCGCAAUCUGCUUCAUCAUUGGGCCUCCCAUCGGAGCGUACUUCGCCUCCAAACCUCUGCCUUCGGCUUUCAGGAUCCAAGGCUUUGAACUCAACGUCUACGCUACCCCGGCGUUACUGACACUUGUUCUCUUACUAUUGGAAACACUCUUUUUGAUUGUGGCCCUUCCUGAAACCCGUGGGAGACCAAAGCAAGUCGAGGGUGGUGUCAAGAAGGAGAAAACGAAUGGUGCUGCCAAGGGCAAGACUAACGGACAUGCUGCUCCAAAGAAAGCCAGCGUCGGAGAACGCCUGCGGCUACUCAAGAAGCUUCGAAUGUUGCAUUUCGCUUUCCUGGCAAUCUUCUCUGGUGUAGAGUUCACACUUACGUUCUUGACUUACGACUUGUUUGACUGGGACAACCGACAGAAUGGCGCCCUCAUCGGUUCUAUUGGUGUCGUCAGCGCUCUCGUACAAGGGGGCUACGUCCGCAGAGCGAUCGCCAAAGUCGGCGAAGGAGAAAUGGCCAGCAGAGGUAUCCUCAGUUGCUGGAUCGGCCUCGCAUGUCUCAGCCUCGUCCCACGAUACGUUAACAGCAACCCGAGUCUUUCCGUUAACCUCCUGUGGGUUGCUGCCAUCUGCCUGGCAUUCACCUCAGCGACAGUUGUCAACUCACUUACUUCAUACGCAUCAUUACAAUGCGACGAGGGUGUAGUCGACCAGGAUACGGGAAAAGUCACCCAAGAACAUCCUGAACUUGCAAAGGGAAAAGCGCUGGGACAGUUCAGGUCAUCUGGACAGUUGGGUCGGGCACUUGGUCCGUUAUUUGCUUGUGGCUUGUACUGGACAUUUGGUCCAUCAAAGACUUACGCAGGCAGCGCUGUUCUCAUGUAUGGCGUGUACAGACUAGCCAAGGCCUUGGCAGCCAACCCAAUUUCAGCAUAGGUCUAUUAUGGUUCUGUACAAUCUCCAAAGUAUUUACUAUCUAUUAUUGUGCGUAUCACAUCUAGCUUAAGUAUUCUAAUCCAAGCCUAUUUGCAAUCUGGGUGUAUCAUGACGAAUUGGGCGUAAUGCUCCCUUGGCCCAUGUCGGAACAUGGAUGGACACAAGACACUACAAAAAUGGAGCAACCUAAAGAUGGCUCAAGCCUACACUUAACACGACUCAGACUCGCACCACACUUUGGAUCCGUAUCACACACCGAGCAUAGGUUUGCUAUGUAUGACACGUCCUGCCGAGACGUUUUGUGGUACAUCCGGUAUACUGUCCCGACGUCCGUUUCACCAGGGUCUGUUCGAAAUUAACAUACCUAUCGAGUCC